CUCGGAUAAUUUCCUAUGAUCAUUGGAGAGAAAUCCAAGACUCCUUUACCCAGUCAAAAAUCUCCUCUUUUCCACACAACUUUUCUUCUUUUUAUUCCCCCCUCUUUCCUCGCCACUGCUUCACUAAACACACCUUUAUAUAUCAGUUGCUGAAAAAAAAGAACUUCACUUUUCUCUGCCACACUCUCCAAGCUUGAGUUUCUAGCAUAGGGGUUUUUCAGAUUAGAAUUCUCCGCUUUUUGAAGCCAUUUUUUAUCAUUAAAACAACUAAACCAGAUGCCCCCUUUUUCAUUAGAAUUUUCUGUUCUGGGUAUGUGGAAAUUUUCUCUGUUUCUAGCAUCGGUUUUAAAUUGGAAUUUUCCCUUUUGAGCCAUUUUUUUAUCAUUAAAGCUACUGAUUCAGAUACCCUUUUGGCCAUUUGAGCUCAUUUUUGGUUGCUUUCUGAUUCUGAAACUUAAUUUUAUCUUAACCUCUGAUUUUUAUCAUCUGGGCAUGAUCUUGAUUUAAAUCACUUAUAUCCCUUUUAUCAAAUUGUAUGUUCUUUGCCUUAAUUAGCUCUCCACAAUUCAAGCACCACCUUUGCAGUCCUUUUUGCACCUAAAGAAAUGGAAAAAAUUGGUACUUUGAAACGCAAGACUGUUAUCAGUGAGUUAACUCAAGGUAGGGAACUGGCAAACCAGCUUAAAAACCAAAUUUAUCCGGCAAAUUCGCGCGAGGCCUGCGGUUCUUUAGUGGAGAAAAUACUUUCUUCCUAUGAAAAAGCUCUUUCAUUGCUAAAUUGUAUGGCUGUUUUGGGAGAAACUUCGCCAGUUUCUGCUGCCAUUUUGGAGUCACGUAAUUCCCUUGUUGGUACACCUACCAGUGAAGGCUCCAACCCUUUCUCUAAGGAGCAAAACCAAAGAGAGGUAUUCAAGAGAAGAAAGAUAUUGCCAAAAUGGAGUGAAGAAGUUCGUGUUUGCUCUGUGAUUGGACAGGAAGGUCCUCCUGAUGAUGGAUAUAAUUGGAGAAAAUAUGGGCAGAAAGAUAUUUUAGGUGCUAGUUUUCCAAGGGCAUAUUACAGAUGCACUCAUCGCCAUACACAAGGAUGUUUGGCCACGAAACAAGUCCAGAAAAUAGACGAAGACCCCUCAACAUUUGAGGUCAACUAUAGAGGAAGGCACACUUGUAUUCAAGAAAGGCUAAAACAGAACAAAGAAGAUUAUAAUAUAAAGGAAGAAGACAGCAAUCAUAGACCAGGGAUUAAAGUUGAAACUCCAGAUUCGACUCCUAAGGAGGAAAUAGUUCCUUCCUUCUCCUUUCCUUCGACCCCAAUUAUAUCAGACAAUGUGGAAACUGAAUUCCUUUUAGAGCCUGCCAAGGAAAGCAAUUUCACAGAAAGUUAUGGGUAUCCGUUUAUAUCCCCGGCAACAUCUGACUGUAACUAUUUGUCAGAAUCACUGUGCCAGAUGAACGAUUUCUGCGUGGAUUACAACUUGCAAAGCUCAGAAUCAGAUUUUACUAAUAUCGUUCUGACUCCAACUUCAGCCACCAAUUCCCUGUUCAGAGACUGGGAUUUCACAACUGAUCCAGUGGAGUUCGAUUCUAGUUUCGCCCUUGAGUACUUUUGACUUCAUAUCACAGGUUCAUUAACUCAGCAAAGAGCAUGAAUGGUGGCCAGGAGUCAAAUAUUUGCUGCAAUAAAUUGCUUCUGUACCUGUUGAUCCCAUCCUGCACUUAGAUGAAAUAUGUUUAUAUAAGUAGGUAGAUAAUUACAACGGCUUGGGAAAUUUGAGUUUCCUACGGUGCAAGUAUUGGAAAAAUAGGAUUUAAUUAGUGUGUAUUGACAAGAAUAUGAUGCUUUUAAUAGAAUAAUAAAAACAUGGUUUUGAUUUAGGAAUAA